CCCGGAAGCAGUUUUUAUUUUUAGUUGUAAAAAGUUGUGUUAUUCGUUUGAGACAACUAGAUUUUAGUUAUUAAAAUAAGCGCAAACAUCGGGCUGUAUAUUUAUUCAGAUGACCCUGUUUUUUCUUUUAUUUCCCAGUAUUAAAUUUUUUUGGUUAUAAUGACUUUUUUUAAAUUGACUUUUCUAAAAUGCUAUGUUUUGUCACUUCAAGAUUCAUGUGUUUCGUACCCAUGUUGUCAAAACUGUUCAUCCAAGUUACACCGAAACCAGACAGAGCAAAGAUACAGAUGCCAAAAAUGUGGAUUCGCAUGUGAGAUCGAAAAUGUCAGUCACAGAUAUAAGUUAUCGCUUAAAGUUGCAAGAGACUGUGACAUAUUUGGAUUGACUCUUUUUGGUAGCUGUUUAAAUCCUCACUUUGGUGCUUCUGCAGAUUGUCUGCAAAGACUGUUGGAGGAAUCAAAGGCAGAAUGUUCACAAACUGAUGUGCAACAAUUACUUACCAAGGCAGUGGAUGACUGUUUUGUGGGAAGGUGCUUUUUAUUUGGCAUAAAGAUGCCUGACUUUGACGUAGAUGGAUCCACUUCUACAAGUAAUAGCUUUUCUUCCUCACUGAAAAGAAUAAAGAUCUCAGGAAGCUUCAUUGCCAGCCGAAUGAUUUUGCCAAAUUCAGCUGUUAUCAGCUGCUCUGUUGUAACCUAUUUUAAGAAACUUUUUCAGGCAGCUCAGCUUUCAGAAUUCAGUGUCUCACAGCAACCUAGGAAAUUAUUAGAUACCCAACAUCAUAAUAGUACAAUACUUAAUAGCUGUGAAUGUACUUUGGCCUCACAUGGAGGAUCACACUCACAGCGCACCAGUGGAACCCACAAUGACCCAGGAUAUUUCCAGCAGUCACUUGGAAUAAUAACAUUUUUAACAGAACUUUCUUACUCUGAGCCAGAUGGAAGUGCUGUGGUUGAUUCAUCUAAACAAAUAACAGAAGAGCGAUCUAGGACUGAGAUGCCUAAUCCAUUGUGCUCUUGCUUCUGUUCCUUAGACACGCAGGGGAAAUGUACACAUAAAGAGACAUUAUGCAACUGUAACUUUGCAGUUUUGGAAGGGGAUGGUAAUGCAUCAGUUGUUUUAUGGGAGGAUAAAUCUUUCUCAGAUGUCUCGGGUGAAUUUAUUCUUAAAGCAGGCAGGAGUUCAGAAGCAUUGACUGAAAACAAUGUCUGUACUUUAGACAAGGAAGAUGCUAAGCUAACGAGCGUAAUUCAUAUUUGUGAAUCGCGUGUGCCAGUAGUGUCUCACAAUGGAAAUCCUUCAGAUUACUCAUGUAAUUCGAAAUGUGAUGUUUUGUCCAACAGUGAAGAGAAUACAAGCAAGGAGACUAUUGACAAAAUUCAGUCACUAAUUCCGCAUUCAUCACUAACCCAACAGAGAAAUGAGAAUGAGUUGGCAAGCAUGAUAUUAAGAGAGCCUAAACCGAAUGCUCUGACAGAGAACAGUAUUUCACAUCUCAGUUACUGGGAUACAUUUCAGAGUGAAUGUAUAAGUAAUGUUAAAGAUUACAGUGACGAGUCCACUAAUAUGGAUGACGGAGCAAAAAGACAGACCAAAUAUUUUACUAGUAAUUGCUCAACUCAAAAAGAACCGGACGGCAACAAUGUUACUAUAAAGGACUGGAAAUGCAAAACGGAAGCGAUUCCACAAAGAAGCAUCUCUUGGCUUGAAGACGUUCCUAAUUUCUCACUUGACCUGUUUAAUGGCUAUGAAGAGAGCCACGUUCAUGGAGAGGAAAAAAGCAAAGGGCUAAGCUACAGGAAUUGCUUAUUUGUGAAACAGAACUGUAAUGGAACUUUAUGGGCAAAUCCAAUGAAAACGAAACACGACUGCAGUUCGAAUGUAUCUGAGCCAGACUUAUCAGACUCACUUGAAUUUGUUCCUUUUUGUCAGUCAACUCCUAUUUCAAAGAAUCCUCAAUCUCCAAAGACAAUUCAGUAUAAGAACAAAAACCAAGUGCAAAGAGACCAUCUAUUGACCAAAUUCCACCUGAAGAGACAUUAUGAUGAUCGUAAAACACAGGACGCAGAUAAACGUCUAAGGUCACCGAAAAGUGACUCUCAGAAUCUCCUUCCCCCCUCCAUGCACAAGAUUCCACUUUUGUCUGUACAUGAAAGGUUAAUGGGAGGCAUGAAAUGUGCAUGUAGCCAUGAGAAGGGCUACACAAGAGUGCAUCUCAGAGAUCUGGAUGGGAAUUAUCAAAGAAAAUCAGACCCUGCUCACGAAAAGAUGAAUAAGACUGAAGCAAAAUCAAACCACUCGCAUUCUCUCUCAAGGUCAGAGAAGUGGGACUGUUCAGAGACGGUGGAUAUGAAAAGAUCCCAUGAAUGCACCGAUUUUAAACGUACUCCAUAUAGUGCUGAUAUUUCCAGCUUCACUGCUGAGAAUAGCAGUAUGUUAUGCAACUGGUCUGUAGACCUUUUUGCUGACUGAUGUAACAUUUUCUUACCCUACGAAACAACACAUUAGGCCGUAAUGGAAUGAUUGUAAGCUAUCAUGUAAAGUAUGUCAUUAUGUGCCUCUUUUGCCAGUAAUAUGCUACGUGAUUUUUGUAAGAACAAAUUUUUACAUAUAUUAUUUUAAAUGGUUCCAAUUCCCUACUAAUUUAUAAUUUUACUAGGUAAUGCACAAGGAUUUUUUUUUUAAAUGUUACAUUUUCCUACUUAUAAAGAAAAAGAUGAUUAUAGAUGAUUUGAAUGUUGAUUGGCUGAAUAUGUAAAUGAAGCGUUUGAGUUAAUACAUUUUCAGCUGAACUAAGAACAUUUACAUAAUAUUAUUACUCGUAUCAGUGUAUAAACACACUUGACCCAUAGAUUUGUUCUAAAUUUCUAAGCAAUUAGACCAUCUGCUGCACUUGGUGAACUAACGGCAAAAUUGGAGUUUCCUCGGUCCUGCUAGUGUAAGUACUGUCAUUCUUUAUGGAUGCUAUUUUUGCUCUACAUGUAGAGAAAUCUCUUGUGUAUGUACUUAUUAAUUUUUUUAUGUUGAAAGAUAAAGUCCAUCUUCUUUGAUUUAACUGUGGUGUGUGAGUGUCUGAGUGAAAGAAUCCUUUGCAUAUGUAAGUAAAAUAUCUAUAUAUCUUUUACAGGUACAGUACUAGGCUGAGGCUAAUUUGGUGAUUUCCAUCAUGUUUUUGUACCAGAACUACAAUUAUCAAAAUUGUUGCAUUUCCUCUCACGAUAAUUUUACUCCUUUGUUGUGUGCUGUGCAUAACAUAAAAUUUCAACUAUAUUCAGUUGUUAUGCAAAUCCUUAUCCAUUUCACAUUUUGCGGACAUAUUGUAACAGUGAUGAUCUGGGGGUGUUCCACAAAGCAGGAUUUCUUUCUUAGCCGGAGAACAAGGUGGUUUUAAAGUAGCCAGGGCUAAAUGCACUUACAUUUAGCUCAGAGCACCUUAAAUUUGACAAGUUAUCCAGCUAAGCAAGAAGCCCUGCUUAAUCUAACACCCCUGGAACUGGUGAAAUUUUUAGAGAAAUCACAUUAAAAUAGAAGCAGUGUAGUCUAGUGGAAAGUUUCCAUGGAAAUGUUAACAUGGGAAUUUUGGGAUUUUAUAAUGCACUGCAAGCCGGUGGUCAUUUUCUGGAACACAAUUUUGUAGCUAUUUUUGGUUUCUGUUUUUUUUACAGCUUUACAUGUGUAUGUAUUUGAUUCUUACUGGAUGAGGUGAAAGGCCAAGCUAUGAUAAAUCCAUCUUUUUUGUUUUAGUUUUAAAAAUAAAAUUGAACUAAAAUGUAA